GUCAAUUUCGACCGUCCAGAUCCGUGAGCAAGCAACGAACCCCAACGACGACACAUCUUACUGACUCUUAGAUACUAUAUCUUCGACUCAGCCCAACAUGGUCAAGAAGCGAGCGUCCAAUGGUCGUAACAAGAAGGGCCGCGGCCACGUUAAGCCCAUCCGCUGCUCCAACUGCUCACGAUGCACACCUAAGGACAAGGCAAUCAAGAGAUUCACCAUCAGGAACAUGGUCGAGUCUGCUGCCAUCCGUGAUAUCUCUGAUGCCUCCGUCUUCCCCGAGUACACCGUGCCCAAGAUGUACUUGAAACUCCAGUACUGCGUUUCGUGCGCCAUCCAUGGCAAGAUUGUCCGCGUUCGUUCUCGCGAAGGUCGCCGCAACCGUGCCCCGCCACCACGGGUCAGGUACAACAAGGACGGAAAGAAGGUCAACCCCCAGCAGGCCGCUAAGACUACGUCGUAGGGGAUGGCAAAAGGCGAUGGAUAUGGAGAGGAACGGUGAAGUCAUGGCGCUUGGUAUGGGUCUUAUGGGUCCUUUCGGAAUCUCAUACUGGAAACAUGCAUGAAUCCAAAGAAGUGCAGGCCGAAGUGACGGUUUCAUGGUUGCGAAUGCUUGCUCGGGAUAUGGUGAAAACCAGUGGCUAGCUAUGGACUUGUAAAACGAAUCCCAAUUCGAUCUGGAUCAAACUUUGGUGCCAGUACUGGAGUGAUCAAUUAUAAUACAGAGUGUGAAAGCAUAUUAGUUCUGGUAUUGGUAUCCAUAUUCAAACAAGCAAACAAACGCCUAGAUAUGGC